GUGCGUGCGUGCGUGCGUGCGUGUGCCUCCACACGUGUGCUGCGCUCCAGGUUCGAGUUGGAACCGUGACCGCCCGGUCGCUCAACGCGCUCUUCCUUUUUGCAGAUCGCGGCGGACGCGGCGGCUACGGGGGCGACCGAGGCGGGUUCAGGGGCCGCGGUGGUUUCCGUGGCGGCGAUCGCGGAGGCUACGGCGGCGACCGUGGCGGAUACGGAGGGGACCGCGGCGGCGGCUAUGGCGGCUACAAGAUGGGUGGAAGAGGCGAACACAGAGAAGACCGACGGGACAGGCCGUACUGAAGACUUUCUGCGGGACCCAUUCCAAUUCUGGGGGUUAGAUCUGCGUUCCCUUUCACCUACCUUUCUUUGUCGGGGCGUCCCGCGACCUGCUCCCGACCCGUCUGGUGUGCAGCUACUGUGAAGGAACUUACUGCUUUUGGUGGAUGGUCAGUAGGGGGCGGCAGCGGAAAGACUUCAUCAUGAUUUUCGUUUCAUGUUUUUAUUUUUGUUUGUUUUGUUUUGUUUCUUUUCUUUCUUCUCCAUUUGUCUAGUUCUAACAGGUUAAAACAUGGAGUGUUCAUGUAGACUUGUCAGAUGCUGCAUUGCCAAAAUUGCAUUUUGUAAAAUGAAUAAAGUGUGUUUUACUUCAUUGUUUUCAACUGACAAGUAUUCUGAUUUUUUUUUUUAAUCAUUCAAUUUCCAGAAGCUUCUGUUGGAAUGAUGUGAAGUUAUGUUGUAGAUAAGUCAAGGUUGAUCUGUAAUGACUGCAUUCUAAUGCAACUCUCCUUUUUGUAAUCUGUUCCACAUUUGUAAACCGUCUUUAUUGGUUGCUUAACCCAAAGCUUCAACAUCUAGUGGUUUAAAAAUAAAGAAUUUUAUAAUUUGGCAGUCAUACUUUGUUUAAUAGCUUCUUUUGGAUCCCUGAUUACAGAAAUUAAAGGAUUACGAAAGAAGUACAGGAUUUUUUGAAAUUGCGUUCCUAAAACGUAUUCGAUGCAUUAGGAGACUGCAUCUCCUCUGGAAAUGUCUCAGAGAUUUAUGAGCAAACCUACUACCCAACUUUUAACUGCAGCAAAGAGUAAACUGAAAGAUCAGUUUGCUUGAAUCAGACUGCAAACACACUCACUGUCCCUGGCCAGCUUUCAUCUUAGUUUUAAAUGUUUAAAAUUGAGUGUGCUUUGAGGUUUAGUACGGUGGUCCACGGGCAGCUGAAGAGGGGCAGAAAUUAGCGUCGCCGAUUUCAGUGUGUAAACGUCAUAAGAGAAUGCGCGUCUUUGCGGAUAUCAGACCAUGUAAUUGCACAACACAGAUACGUUGUGUUUGUGGCAUGUUUGAAAGGCUUUUCCUCCUAUUGCUAUCAUUUCUGGCCAAUUGCAUACAGACACGGACAAUAAAUUAUAUUAAUGUAAAGAAAAAGGUUCUGUUUGAAGGGUACGUGUUUGGAUAAGUGAACUAACAUUCCAUUACGGCUCUUCAGCCUCCAGCUCGAGUCCUCCAAUCACACCCUUAAGUGGUAGGGGCGGUCCGACGCACGCGGCAAGACCGAUACCCUCCCUGCCCACAGGCUUUGCGUGUGCUGCUAUUUUGAAAUAGCAGAUUGUUAGAGAGAGCGCUACAGGGUUUCGGGAGGGAUGUGUUGCCUCAAACGAUGAUACCUCCUGCAAUGUCAUGCCCCUCAGCCCGAAGGGAGCGGCGUUGCUCUUAAACAAGUCACACUGGAAUGAUGACUCCUCUUUGGAUUAAGUUGUCCGUGGUGUGUAGCAUCUGAGAUCUGCGCAGGAUGACAGGUCGCGUUGCGUCGUUGCCUGGAGGUAAUCUUUGGACGCUGGUUCUGCGACUGCUUCCAUUGCUUCUUGUGAAGGCGACAAUUGGCUCGCCGGUGUCAAGCAUCCAGCCUGUUGAGAACUUCGCUGCGGAGGGCUUUCUGGAGAAAUAUGGCUACCUGCACCAGGAAGAUCACAGACACAAUGAAGUGGAAGUGUCCUCCGCUCUCAGGGAGUUCCAGUGGCUGUCCCACCUGCCCGUUACCGGACACCUGGACGGCCCCACCCUGCAGAGGAUGUCUGCCCCCAGGUGCGGAGUGAAGGACGCGGGGGGCCAGCAAGCCUGGGCCAAGCGGGUGAACAGAGUCUUCCUGGGCGGCGCUGCCCCCGGUGGCCAGCACAGGCGCAGCAAGCGUUACACCCGACCAGGGGAGAAGUGGUACAAGCGGCACCUGACCUACCGGGUGGUGAACUGGCCGCGGCACCUCCCCAAACGGCAGGUGGAGCUGGCCGUGCGCACCGCCUUCCAGCUGUGGAGCAACGUGUCCGCCCUGGUGUUCCGGGAGGUGGCCGGGGGGCCGGCCGACAUCCGGCUGGCCUUCUACGCGGGCGAGCACAACGACGGCUCGGGGAACGCCUUCGACGGCCCAGGGGGAGCCCUGGCGCACGCGUUCUUCCCCUGUCGGGGCGAGGCGCACUUCGACAUGGCGGAGCGCUGGACGCUGGACGGCUUCAAGGGGCACAACCUGUUCAUGGUGAUCGCGCACGAGAUCGGGCACACCCUGGGGCUGGAGCACUCGCCCGCGCGCCACGCCCUGAUGUCGCCCUACUACAAGAAGCUGGGCAAGGCCCUGGUCCUGAGCUGGGAUGACAUCACUGCCGUGCAGCAGCUCUACGGAAAGCCCCCUGGGGGUCAGGUGGUCCAGCUCCCGGGACAGGUCUUCAGCUCGGCUCUGCAGGACCUGGCGCUGGCCCAGGGGGGCAAGGGGGACCCCGACUCUGCCCUGCCCCUGUACUGCCAGGGCCUCUUUGAUGCCAUCACAGUGGACCAGAAUGGCUCGGUUCUGGUGUUUCGUGGCGGCCUGUUCUGGACGGUGUCUGCCCAGGGGGACGUGGGCCCUGCCCAGCCUCUCCGCCAUCGCUGGCCCCAGCUCCCUCUCGCCAUCGAAGCGGCUGCUUUCUCACCCGUGGACAGGAAGUUCUACUUUUUCAAAGGUAGACGUAUGUGGCGCUAUUCCGGGGACGAUCUCGACCCCGGCUUCCCGAAAAAGAACGAGGACGUGGGCCUCCCCGCACACCCGGACUGCGCCUUCUUCUACGCCCCUUUGGGGCACAUGGUCCUGUUCAAGGGCUCCCGGUACUUUGUGCUGAACCUGACGACCCUGCGCCCGGAACCGUACUACCCCCGCGGGCUGGCCGACUGGAAGGGGGUACCGCGUGGGGCCAACGGGGCCCUGGGCUGGGCCGACGGCCGGCUCUACUUCUUCCGGGCGCAGCAGUUCUGGAGGUUCGACCCGGGAAAAGUUCGGGUGACCGGCGGCGGUCAGUGGGCCCACGACCUGGAGUGGACUGGCUGUCAGGAACCCGGUGGGGCCAAUGACGUUCUCUGACCACCAGGGGGAGCCGUACCGCUGAUGCAAAGGGGUUGGCCUUGGGUUACGUGCAAUGUAAUAGGCCUAUUUCACAAGAUGGCGACCAAAACCGGAUGUAGGGAUACUUUGUUUCCGGUUACCGUUGCUACGGACGCAAGUCCAUUUCUGACAGCAAAAAAUUGAGCCUAAACAGCGACGUGUGUUCUCACAGUCCCUGAUAGCUCUGCCAACGUUCACUGUCCGAUGUUAUCCGCAUUGUCGAAGCAUUGCUAGUGAAUGUUAAGCGGUCUAAACUGGACAAGGGCUAUAAAUUCUUUUUUGAGAAGUUUGUAUUCGGUUAUGAAGGUAAGAAUAACGUUAGCUCAACCACAACCACAUCAAGUUAGCCGAUUAAAGAGAUGUUUCACUUCGACACAAAUUCUUUUCUGGAGGCGACUCCAUUGUGUUUUCGUAGCGUGAAGCAACAUCUGCUGUCCGUUAACAGCGUCUCUGUUCCUCUCGGUUGUCCCGAAAAUGAAUGAAUAGGGAGCCUGACAACUGUGAGGAAAAGCGAUUCUGUUAACAUUGGCGGUCAACAGGGGAGGCAAAUGCUAUGUACGUACAAUGUUAGGCUCCACAAAAUUACUUAUGUUAUUAUACCCAAGUGAAAUAUCUCUGAAUUAAGUUUUGUACUACCGUUACUAUUUUGUGACAUGUUGUUUGUGCUGUACUUGUUCUAAUAAAGAUUUAUAUUGCUUGUCA